CUGAGCGGAUCCGGGAGAGGAGGCCGGCGUGUGGGCCGGCUUAGGCAGAUCGCGUGGGUCUGGCCCAGGGAAGGCCGCGCCCUCUUUCCCAGCAGGUCCUCCUCACGCACGGCGAGAGAACCGAGGAGGCGACGGUGGCCUUCGGGUGCGAACUUGCCCUGCUGGGCAUUGGAGCCGGGAGGGGGGCUCCCCCGCGGGGCGAGGCUGCGGUCGCCCUCUUGGCCCCAGACUCCUUACCAUUGACUUAGGGUGUUCAACCAAAGUCCACAGAGCAUGGAAACAUUUCCUUGGCAAUGUCUCUGGGAAGACUUCUCCGACGUGCCUCUUCUAAAGCAUCUGACCUCUUGACCUUAAAUGCCAGCAGUGGUGGUGGCUCAUCUUCCAUCUUGGAUGGGGAAAUCAUCUACUCCAAGAAUAAUGUCUGUGUCCAUCCGCCAGAAAUGCUGCAAGGCAUUGUGGAACAUCACCCAGGCUAUUUGUGCGUGUACAUGGAGAAAGAUGAGUUGCUCGGCACCACCCUUAUUCUGGCCUGGGUUCCCAACUCCCGCAUUCAGAGGCAGGACGAGGAGGCCCUCCGCUACAUCACACCAGAGGGCUCUCCGGUCCGUAAGGCCCCCCGCAAGCGCAACCGCCACACUCAGGGGUUUGGCACCCCUCUGCAGGCUUCCCCCUCUGAGCAGAAACGCGUCGUAACCCUAAAAGACGAGGAGGACAUUUUGACUGUGUCGCAGUUGGUGAGGGAUGUGGCUCAUGUCAGUUCCCCUUCCGAAGAAGGGGAGAAGCUCUCCCAGGGUUGCCUGGCAACAGACAGCAUCCACAGCUCUGCUCAGCCUGCCCACAGUGACUCAGGGAUCUUAUCGACACUCAGUUCUCAGGAUGAGCAGAACCGGCUGGAGGAGUCAGUUGAGGAAGGGCUGGAAGGCCACCUGGAGACCGGAGAGGAUGACGGCUCUUUGGAGUUGUCCGCCGAUGAUGUUAGCAGAGACAGCACCUUUGACUCGGACUCGGACGCCUUCUCUUCUCCGUUCUGUCUCUCACCCAUCAGUGAAGCACUUGGGGAGAACGUCAGCUCAGUCUUCCUAGCUAAUGAAAACAGAGAUCCAUGUGAAGGCAACAUGACUCGUUCAACCAGCUCCAAUUCAAGCACUGAACCCAGCUCACAGUUCCAGGAGAAUAAUGGGCAGGUGCAGACCUCCAGGUGGGAUGAACAGCAGAAGGUGUUUGCCUUGGAACAGAUUUGUGGAGUCUUCAGAGUUGAUCUGGGACAGAUGAGGUCUCUUCGUCUCUUCUUCAGUGACGAGGCAUGCACCAGUGGGCAGCUGGUUGUUGCUAGUAGGGAGAGCCAAUAUAAAAUUUUCCACUUUCACCAUGGUGGCCUGGAUAAGCUUUCUGAAGUGUUUCAGCAAUGGAAAUACUGCACAGAGACCCAUCUCAAAGACCAGCAGCUCACAGAUGUGAAGACCUGCAUGCAGUUCUCCAUCCGCCGACCCAAGCUGCCCUCCUCAGAGACUCAUCCUGAAGAAAACACUUACAAGCGUCUGGAUGUUUCUGCCUGGCUCCAUCAUCUAAAUGAGGCUGGACAGGUAGAGGAAGAGUACAAGCUGAGGAAGGCUAUUUUCUUUGGUGGGAUAGAUGUCUCCAUUCGUGGCGAGGUCUGGCCUUUUUUAUUGGGCUACUAUAGCUAUGCAUCCACUUCAGAGGAACGGGAGGCGCUCCGAGUGCAGAAGAGAGAAGAGUACUUUGAGAUCCAGCAGAAAAGGCUCUCCCUGCCUCCAGAAGAGCAGAAGGCAUUCUGGCGGGAUGUGCAGUUCACCGUCGACAAAGACGUGGUGAGGACUGACCGCAGUAACCAGUUCUUCCGAGGAGAGAAUAAUCCCAAUGUGGAAACAAUGAGGCGAAUCUUGCUGAAUUAUGCCGUGUACAGCCCCACCAUAGGCUACUCCCAGGGCAUGUCGGACCUCGUGGCCCCCAUCCUCGCUGAGGUCCUGGAUGAGUCGGACACGUUCUGGUGCUUUGUGGGCUUGAUGCAGAACACUAUAUUCAUCAGCUCCCCUCGCGAUGAAGACAUGGAGAAACAACUGAUGUACCUACGUGAACUGCUGCGGCUGAUGCAUCCACGCUUCUACCACCACCUGGUCUCCCUCGGGGAGGACGGCCUCCAGAUGCUCUUCUGCCACCGCUGGAUCCUCCUCUGCUUCAAGCGAGAGUUCCCCGAUGCUGAGGCUCUGAGGAUAUGGGAAGCCUGCUGGGCUCACUACCAGACAGACUAUUUCCAUCUCUUCAUCUGUGUAGCUAUUGUGGUGAUCUAUGGAGAUGAUGUCAUUGAACAGCAGCUGGCGACUGACCAGAUGCUGCUGCACUUUGGGAACUUGGCAAUGCACAUGAAUGGGGAGCUCGUACUCAGGAAGGCUAGAAGUUUACUUUAUCAGUUCCGUCUGCUGCCCCGGAUCCCUUGCAGUCUUCAUGAUUUGUGUAAACUCUGUGGAACAGGCAUGUGGGACAGUGGCUACAUCCCUGCCGUGGAGUGUACUGGCAACCACCCAGACUCCGACAGCUGCCCCUAUGGGGGUAUGGUCGAUGAACCUUCCCCCAAGCCAGGGAAUGACAGCAGGAGAGGACUGAAAACAAGAGAGGUGUUCAAUUUCCGGAAAUGACCACUCUGGAUUAUGGGCAUAUGAUGGCUGUAGAAGAACAAGCACCAAGGACUUGGCACAAUUGAGGGAUCAGAAGAAGAAGAGAAGAAGGGGGUGGUGGCUGUUUCUCUUCUGAUUCCCAGAGGGAGGGAAUAUUGGGAGGAAAACACAGAUAACACAUAACAGAAGGUUCUUCUCCUUUGUGGUAGGAUCUAGAGCUUGAUGUGGUGCGUUUCAUGCCAGGGAAGGUGUCCAAUCUGCUGUGACUGUGGCGUUUCUUUUACAGGUCAGAACCUUUCAAGGGAGUGCACACGGCUGAGCCAGAAGAUUUGGAGUCACAGGGGAGAAAGGAUUUCCCACCCAAUUGCCAUAGGGGAGCAGAAGCUCCUUGCAAAUAUGACUCCAUGACCAGCAACACUGACGGUGGGCGAAGGGGCUGGAUUAACAUUUCCCCUUUUUCCCAAACACACAGUCAUGCACCUGUGUGCAUAUGCGCGCGCGCACACACACACACAUACACACACCGUGCUUGAACCAAAACACACAGCUCACUGGCUUCUGUAUAAAGCCAUGGGAAUCACUUGGAAUAUAGUAUGCCAAAAACAAUAAUAAUAAAAUUGCAAAGUUUUGA